AACAGGCUGUUAUUCUGACUCACUGAGACAAAGAGACUCACACACUCUGAGAGACGGACGAUAAGAUUCAGCUUCAGACUAAAACCUCCACUUUGACUGAAAGAGGACGACUUCAGGAGAUUACUGGGAAUACUGGAACAGCUCCACUUCACCCAGCUGCUGAAUCCACAAACUGAACGACAGUUUUACAGGAAAGUAAAGUAACUUUGAGAGAACAGGGAGUGGCUGAGCUGUUUGUCUGCUGUGUUUUCAGCUUCACUCAGAGACUAAAUGGCUUCCAGAUUAGAGGACGAUCUCUGCUGUUCUGUCUGCCACGACAUCUUUAAAGAUCCUGUCGUCCUGUCAUGCAGCCACAGCUUCUGUAAAGACUGUCUGCAGAACUGGUGGACGGAGAAACAAACCAGAGAGUGUCCGCUUUGUAAGAGAAGAUCUUCAAAGGAACCACCUUUUAAUUUUGCGUUAAAGAAGCUGUGUGAGAGUUUCUUACUGGAGAGAGAUCAGAGAGCUUCAGAGCCUCUCUGCAGUCUGCACUCUGAGAAACUCAAACUCUUCUGUCUGGACCAUCAGCAGCCAGUGUGUCUCGUCUGCAGAGACUCAGAAAAACACACCAACCACAGAAUCAGACCCAUCGAUGAAGCUGCACAACAACUCAAGAAGGAACUUCAGGAAACUCUGGAGCCUUUAAAGGAGAAGUUAGAGGUUUUUAAAGAAGUUAAAGUGAAGUUUGAUCAAACAGCAGAACACAUUCAGGUCCAGGCCCGACGCACAGAGACGCAGAUUAAGGAGCAGGAGGAAGAGGAGCAGAAGAGUCAGAUGAUGAAGGAGAAGAUGGAGGCUCUGAGCAGAGAGAUAGCAGCUCUUUCAGACACAGUCAGAGCCACAGAGGACGAGCUGAGAGUUGAACACGUCUCAUUCCUGCACAACUACAAGGCUGCAGUGGAAAGAGUCCAGCAGGAGGAUCCACAGCUGCCCUCAGGAGCUCUGAUAGACCAGGCCAAACACCUGGGCAACCUGGCCUUCAACAUCUGGAACAAGAUGAAGGACCUGGUCUCCUACAGUCCUGUUGUUCUGGACCCAAACACUGCUGCUGCAGACCUCAUCCUGUCUGAAGAUCUGACCAGCAUGAGAGGAGGAGAGAAACAGCAGCUUCCUGAUAAUCCAGAGAGGAAUCUUAAUAGUUACUUGUCUGUUCUGGGCUCUGAGGGCUUUAACUCAGGGACUCACAGCUGGGAGGUCGAGGUUGGAGACAGUGCACUCUGGGCACUGGGUGUGUUAGCAGAGUCUGCCCUGAGGGGAAGAAACAUACAGUCUGGAUUAUGGAGAAUAGAUUUCAGUAUAGGUAGAUACACAUCAAGGUCACCAUCAGAUAGAGGAACUGAUCUCCCAGUGCGGAAGGAGUUCCAGAGGAUCAGAGUGAAUCUGGACUGGAACAGAGGAAAGCUGUCGUUCUCUGAUGCUGACACUAACAGACACAUACACACCUUCACACACACUUUCACUGAGAGGAUGUUUCCAUUUUUUCUGAAUUUGAGUUAUAAUUACACACUGCAGGUUUUACCAGUGAAGGUCUCUGUGGCUUUAGGACAACAGAAAUAGACGAUCAGCAUUGUUCUGUUCAAGACUUCCUGAAGUCUUUGAUGUGACUAUGUUGUCCUCGUGAUGUUUUUUUCUCCGUCAGUGUGAGAAAAUUAUGUCAAAAUGAUUUGAUCAAAGAGCUGUCAAUCACUCUGUGACUGGCAGUCAUCUCUGUAGUUUCCUGUUUGAUUAUUGAUCAAAUCUUUAAAGUGAAUUAUCUGUAAAACUUCAUUCUCAUUGAUUUGUUUUUCUUUUAUUGGUGUUUGAGAGGUUUUAUGUGACAACAUCUGUUUAUUGUAACUCAAACUGUGAACUUCAGAGUCUCAAUAAACACAAACUUAUUGAACAUAAAGAUGUUUCUUGGUUAUUAAUAAUUUAACCUGAAAAUAUAGAGAGGAAUAAUGUGAUUAUUGUUGGUGUGGGUGAAAGUGAGUCGACCUUUAUAUCUGUGGGAAAUCACAAACAAUAAUAUUAGGAAAAA